UCUUUGGUCCGAAGCCCCCCUUCUCGCCGAGAGAGGGAGAGCUCAAAAGGCUUCCAUUGCCUCCUUCCUCUACUCCCAACCCUAACCCUAGCUUGGAUUCGAGAGAUUUAAACCAUAACCCUUGUUUCAUGGGGAAUCUGGAUCUCCACUCGUGGAACUCGUAGGAAAUCCGAGUAAGCUAGCUGAAACCCCACCAUCUCCCGCGCCGGAUCGGCAGUUCCCGUAUCGGGGCAAUUCUUAUCUAAGGUUCAGGUUCUUUGUUUUCUGGAUUGGUGUUGGGUGUCGAUUUGCUUCGCUCCGUGGGACUACUUGUGUGUGGUGAUUGGGAAUUCCAUGGUUUUGCUGUUGUUUUUGUGUGAAUUGCGCGAAGGAAGCGCGGGCAGUGUGUUCAUUCCGGCAUUUUGGAGCUGGUUUAAUGGCAAGGUUUGGUUUCUGGACGGGGAUGUGUGUUACGUGGGGAGGUGCAGUUUUAGGGUUUGGGUGCUUCUUUUUUGCGUGCGUGCUGUGUGGAACUUGUUAGUUGAUAGAGAAAUGAUCACCUUUCGUUUCUUUGAUGCUCGGGUGCUUUCUUAAGCUUUCCAGUUUAUGAGAAUCGAGUUUCUUUUUAUUUCAUGCAUUUUCAACUGAAUUGGAAGCUGUUUCUUUUUUUAGAGCUAGAUUUUCUAAUGUAUGGAUGCAUUGCUGCCACAAAAUUUCAAAUUUAUUUACCAUAUAUUGCAUCUCCUUUCGGUCCUCCUGGAUGAACGAUGGUUCAUAGUUUUUUAACAUGAGAUCGUAAUUUGUUUCGGUGGAGCAUGAUUCUUUUUGAGGUGAAGUAUUGUUAUUGUUUGUGAAAUCAGUUGGUAUAGUUGAAGAACGUACCUCUUAACAGUUAAAGAUGUGGUACAGGGUUUCUUUUCUGGAGCGUUAUCUAUUGGACAUGAUCUACUAUUUUCAUGAUUUCAAGCUUUUCAUCUUUCUCUGUCUAUCCACAGAGUUCUCUUACUCUUCAGCUAUAAAUUUAUGAUGAAUGCCUCAACUUUCCUGCAUGCCGCAAUGUUUCAUUGCAGGCCCACUUCCUGAUGGAUUAGAGACCAAAUAAUUUGAUGCUCUCUAACAAAAUUUCAGAGGUGGUUCACCUGACAACUGAGCUGUCUUAGUGAGAUAUUAUAGCCUUCUUGUUUGAUGGUCGUUCCCUUUGCUUUAUAUCAUAAAAAUUUCUGAUCUAUGGUUGCCAUCACCUGCUUUUACAUGUUGCUUGCAUUUGGCUUUGAUAAUGCAAACGAAGUAAAAAAAUGCACUGGUUCAUGUCACUUAUUUUUUUGUUUAAAAAAAGUCCUUCUAAAUAUUCUGUGGACUGCCCAUCGGCGUGUAAUAUGACAUAUUUUAAAGAGUUUAUGUUACAAAGAAAGUGUUCCAUCGACCUUUCCCUGAUAUGCCACUGCUCCAUUUCCAUAUCACCACCUGUUAAUCAACAUUGUCAUCCCUUUUGAUUAAAUUAUCGUUGAAAAUGUUUGCCAUAUGUUACACAACUGUUUUCUGCAGUUCAUUUUUCUUAUAAGGCUAGCCAUCAAACUUCCUUUCUGAAUUUCAUAUGUCAGAUUCAUAUUCCAAGUCUAAUUCUGUCAUCAAGUAGAGUUUAAUUGGGAAUUCGAAAGGGUGAUGGUUGAAACCAGGCCACAUUGUGUUGUAUGGUUUAUGUAUGUCUUCCUAAGCCAAUCGAUCCCCGCCGCCCCCACCCCCCAUCUCUCUCUCUCUCUCUCUCUCUCUCUCUCUCUCUCUCUCUCUCUCAUUCGCUUGACUUGCUUGACUUGCAUGCCUUUCGUGAUAAGAUCUUCAAUCAUUUUUCUUCUUCUAGGCCAUAAUUGUCUAUGGCUUGAACCAAAAGGAAUGGAAGUUCUUAGUGCCUAGCAUGAGUUCUUGACGGAAAAUGUCUGCAAGAAUGGAACCAGGUACUUCUCCAAGGACUAAGCGGCUAUUGAAAUCUGCUUAUUUCUUUCCAUCUGGGUAGAUUGCCCUUACUGUUUCUCGGCAAUACUAAAGCACUAGCCCUGGUUACUGCAAGUCACCUCGUCUAUGCCUGGGAAUGAAGUUGCUGAGAGGAUCCAUAGCUUUGUGAGCAGGACAGCUUCUCCCAAAUUCUUCCAUCUCAAGUGCAAGAUGAAAGUUGGUCAGUUUUAAACAACAAUUUGCAGAUUCUGAGCAAGGAAAUGUUAGGCAGUCUUCAGAAGUGCCUCUUGGCACAAAUUUGACACAGUCAACCCUAAACCCAGAAUUUGCUAAUAACCGGUCUAGAAACCAGCAAUUGAACUUGAAUGGAUUUAUUCAUGGUUCUCAUGGUCUUCCCACAAGUUCCAAUCAAGGAAAGGCUCCUGAAUAUGGUUCCAGCCUUAAAUGAAGUUCCGAGAGGUCAGAUGCAUUCGAAACUCCUGCGAAUUUUGUCUUUCUUGGUGGUCAACAACAGCUCAUGAUGAGCCAACACCCAGGACUAUCACAUUGUUUCUCUAGGCAGCAGCAAGGGUUUAAUGAUAUGCAGUUAUGGCAACAAAACUUGAUAUACAAACAGAUACAAGAGAUUCAAAGGCAGCAGCAACUCCAGCAAUUGGACGAGGGGGGAAGGCCACAGAACUUACAUACUCAGCUAUCUGAAGUUGCAAGACAGGCAGCUGUCAAUCAGUUUCCAGGUGUGCUGAAUGGCAUGCCUAUUAGCGAGGCAUCUAAUUACAUGUUGUCAAAUGGGCACGAGGAAGGUGAAUUGAAGACUCUGAGUAGCUCUCAUAUGCUCCUUGCUGGGAGUAUGAACAUGGCACCAUGUAGUGGGUCUCCAAUGCAUGGGCUUAUGUUUUCACAUGACCAAAGCCAAUUAAUGCGACCUUUGGGGUUCGCUCCACAACUUGAUCAAUCUUUGAAUGGGACUCCUGUUUCCCACUGUAGAGACUCUUUGAUUUAUUCCUCCCAGUUCCAAGGAAUGUCUCAUGAUUGCACUGAUGCAAUGACCCCGGCCGGUGGGAACCAGGCAGAGAAGCCAUCAAUGCCAUCAUCUGCAUUAAGUUGUUUUCAAAGUGAUCAUUUUAUGGUUCCCGAGCAGGGCUGCUUACAGGACAGUUUUUUGGUGGAUAAGCAGGGCUUUCAAGGAAAGGUUUCAUUUGCAGUUGCUCCAGUGGAAGGCCUGAAUAGUGGCGCCACAUCAGGUAACUAUCAGCAAGCAGACAACUUCUCAUGUAGUUUGCAGGCUCAAGAUUUUCAUAGUAGGCAAGAAGAUAAUGAUUGGUCAGGGACCUUACAGGAAAAGGCAGUGAUGAAGGUAGAGCCUUCUCAUAUUGGAGCUAGUAUAGAUCAGACGGAAGAGAAACUCCUGUUCGGUGCAGAAGAUGAUGGCAAUUGGGCCGCUUCUUUUGGAAGUAGUAUCACAAACUCAACAGGUUUUCUGCAUGGUAAUCCUUUGGAAAGUAAUGACCAUUUUCAUGCAUUUCCUUCUAUUCAAAAUGGAAGCUGGUGUGCUCUUAUGCAGGAGGCUCUGGAAGCUUCCAGCAGUGACACUGGACUGCAUGAAGAGUGGAGUGGACUGAGUUUCCAGAAAACAGAACUAUCGAGUGGGAACAAGUCCGCUGUAUUAAGUGAUAAUGGGAAACAGCAAAUGAUGUGGGAUGAUAACAAUCUGCAGAGUGCAUCAUCUAUGACUUCAAGACUUUUUCCUUUCUUUAAUGAUGCUGAUGCCAGCUCAAAUUGUCAUACAACCCCUGGUUUUGAGCACCCUAUUAAAUUUGCAUACGAACUGAAUGAGAGUGUAUCAGCUGAUGCUUCCCAUGAGUCCAUUCAACAACCAUCAAAGGAAGCUAGGAACGAGCAUCUAGAUCAGAGUCACCAGAAAAAGCAAUUUGCAGGGGCUAAUUUUCAAAUGCAAACGCACUUGGAUAAUGUUUCUAAUGGUGUUUGGGAAGGACAGAUGUAUGAACAGUCAGUAAACUCUGCACAACCUGCAGGCAUGGAGUUGAACUUGCAGAACACGCAGGUUUUGGCUCACCAACAGAAGAUGCCCUUGCAUAAUGUAAAUGGCCAGCAUGGUAACAAUCCAGAUGGAUGGAAUGUCAAUGGGUCCCUGACUCCUGAUAUAUUAAUAGUCCAUGAUAAUGAUGCAACCAAUCAACAUGCUCAAAGAUAUGAGACCAAUAGAAUCUUGCAUAUGGAUAAGAAUUGCGACAACAGCACUGUAUCCUUCCCUAACUUUUCUGACGGGCUGCAGCCAGUUAGAUCUGACAUGAGCAGUCCUAGAAUGAACAGUGAUGAUGCUUGUAUGGGUGACUAUGCUGCUAUUACAACUUCAAGCACCUUGAAAUUUAAUCAGGAAAUAAAUCAACAGGUUGUUAACAGGCAUCGGGUUUAUUAUGGAAAACAUGUUGCUGUUGAUUCUUCUGCGAAAUAUGUAGGAGAUGAAAAUUUUGCAAAAUACCAAAAUGAGUUAAGCAGUGCUCAACAUGCUUGGGACUCAUCCUUAAAUACCACUGACCAAGGAUCAGCUGAAAUGUAUAACCAUAAACAAAAAAAUAGCUUCCCAAGAGAGGUUAACGAAGGAUAUGUUUUUAGUCAAUCACAUCCGACCCAACAUACUGAUCCAGGAGGUGGUGCAAGAGCGGAUUUGUUGUUAGCUGGAAAUGAACACCAUCCUUUAGUGGCCAGUGCCCAAUAUUCAUCUGGUCAAUCUGGUCAGAAAACCUUGGGGCCUUGCAGGUUUCAGUAUCACCCAAUGGGAAAUUUGGAGAUGAAUAUGGAAACCGAUUCCCAGAUUUGGAGAUCAUGUUCACAGGGCUCUUCCCACUUGGUAGUUCAAGGUUCGAAGAAUCAGGAGCAAGCUGGACAUGCCAUCGGAUCUAAUGCUGUUCAUAUAGGAAAGGGGCGCUUAAUUGAUAUGCAAAGGAGUGCAAAAGGAGUGGAGGAAAUACAAUACAAAGGCUCCAUUCCUGGCCAUGGCUCUGCUAUGUUUCCCUUUGAUGUAUCAGCUGCUCGCUUUUCUCAGAAUAGAAGUGAUGGUCAGGCAAGUCAAAAUAUGCUCAACCUUCUUCAUAAGGUGGACCAAUCAAGGGAAAGAAACACUGUCGUACACUUCAGUGACUCCAAACACACUGCACCACCUGAGAUCCCUGAGUCAGCUGCUUCUGAUGGUUCUUCUCAUCUUCAGCAUAGCCAGUCUUAUGCCUUUGGUUUAAAAUUGGCUCCACCAUCUCAAAGACAACCACUUUCAAGCCAUUCUUUGCCCUCACAGACUUCCUUACCAGCAUUAAAUGAUUGUGAUUCAAAGAGUCUGAACUCAGGGGCAGGAGACAAAGAUCAAAUGUUCUUGACAUCUCCCACUAAAAUUCUGUCUAUCCCUUCUCUUGAAACAUCUCAGAGAGAAAAUUUAGAUAAUAAAUUAAGUAUAUCUGGACAGGCAAACAAGUCAAGUGUUUAUGAAAAAUCCUUGGCUCCAUCCUCACUUCCUUAUGCAAGGAACAGAGACAUCUCUAGUGCAAAUGAACUAGCAAAAAUGGGCCAGUCAACAAGUUCUUUUGAAAGUGAAAGUUAUAUGGAUGGUCAUAGCAAGCACACCACUCAUCCUAAUUUGACUGAUGACUCUAGUGGUGGAGCUUUAGCUGAUCAAUCUGCUCAGGCUUCACUACCUAGUUUGGAUGGCAGAGUUUCCUCUUUCAGACUUGCACUCUCUGCUGAUACUUGUGCACCCAUUGCUUCACAGGUUUGUUCACUAGAUUCAGGGCAUCCUCAGCUGAUAAAUGCAGAUAUGCAUGCAAUGAAUUCAGGCCAACAACCCUCUCUCAUGGAAACAAAAUCAGUUGACCAACAUUCUGCUACAGCAGGCUUUUCUCAACAAGGUGGCUUUUCAACAAUGCUACAUAAUAUAUGGACAAGUGUGUCAUCUCAACAAUGCCUAUCUGGAGCCGAGCCUAAAAAUGCCUUGCCCAUUAUAAAUCAGUCUACAAGCCCAUUGCCUAGCAUGAGGGUUGCAAAUUCUUGUACAACACAGAUUACUGUUGAUGACAGCAAUAGGAAAGGGGAAAGUGCAUCUUUUAUUGACACUUAUGGAGGAGAAUAUUCAAUUAAAACUGAUUCCUCUGAACAAAAGCCUCCUGAUAAGGUGGAUGUUGCUGCUAAGAAAGGAAGUGCAUCCCGAGGGCAAGAACCAGUGCCAAAACAUAUUUCCGAUGGAAAUUCUUCUGUCUCCAUUCCAUCACUGGUGCGUCUGUAUCAGCAAGAUCUCAGUAGAGUAAAAUAUGAACAGGACUCGAAUUUUGCCUCUUUAAAUCAUGAUAAGGGUGCCUCUGGACAAACUCUAAAAUUACUAGAUGCUCAUGCACAAAACUAUUCCCUGCUUCAACAGGCUAUGAAGGAUACAGAGUCUGAUCCUAGUAAACGGGUUGGAAAGAGGCUCAAAGGGGCAGAUUUGGGUUGUAAUGCUUUGCAGAUGGAGUGGGCAGGUCAGAGGUUUAUUUUUGGACAGAAACCAGUUUUGAAUGAACUGGAUGCAAGCUUCCAGCAUAGUUCAUUUCCUUCUGAUGUCAAAAUGCUAAGCUUUUCUUCAAAGAAAGACAAAAGCACAAGCACAUGUUCUCAGGUCGCUUGUAGAGAUUUACCUUCUCAAGAUCUACUUGCUUCAGGACAGCAUGAUAUUCAGAAUCAUGCAAAUUCUCCUAGUAAAAGUUCCAAGUCAACGUCUGUGGGAGGGAAUGAACGGCCAUGGAUUAGUCCUCAAAUGGCUCCUUCCUGGUUUGGGCAGUAUGGAACCUAUAAAAAUGGUCAAAUUCUAGCAAUGUAUGAUGGACUUGGUAAUUCUCAGAGGACUGCAAAAGGUGUCACCUGCUUCUCUGCAAAAGUUUCUGAGAGCAUGCAUAAUGGUACCGUGGUGGAGCAAAGAACUAAUGUCAGUCAGGUUGGUAGCCUCCAGCAGAAUACAUCAUUGACUGCCAGAGCUGCUGGCAAGGGUUCACCUUCUCAUCAUCUGCCUCCAGAUGCCAUUGAUAACAAUAUGACUCUAAUUCCAAAGAAACGCAAAAGUGCAACAUCAGAGCUGUUACCUUGGCACAAGGAGGUGAUGCAGGGUUCUAAAAGGCUGCAAACUAGCAGCAUGGCAGAGUUAGAUUGGGCUCAGGCUCUGAAUAGGCUGAUUGAGAAGGUUGAAGAUGAAUUUGAGAUAGUGGAAGAUGGCCCAUCAAUUACUCGAUUGCGGAGAAGGCUUGUCUUGACAACUCAGUUAAUGCAACAACUCAUUCCUUCUGUACCAGCUAUGUUUCUGAAUGCAGAGGAAACUGCUUCUUAUGGAAGUCUGACGUACUUUGUUGCUAAAUUAGCACUAGGAGAUGUAUGCAGCCUUAUCUCUUGUGCAGGAAAUGAUUCUCACAUGCUUUUGAACAAUAGAAAAAUGAGACCUGAAGAACUUAAGACUGCUGAGAAGGCAGGAAACUCUUUUUUCUCGAAAACCAUGGAAAAUUUUAUUGGAAGAUUAGGGAAACUCGAAACCAAUCUCUUGAGAUUGGAGAAGAGGUCUUCUAUAUUAGAUUUAAGAGUUGAAUGCCGGGACUUGGAGAGGUGCUCCAUCUUGAACCGUUUUGCAAUGUUCCAUGGUCGGGCUCGGACAGAUGGAGUGGAGAGCUUGUCAACCUCCGAAAAUGCACCUCGCAGAGCAUUACACCAGAGCCAUGUGACGGCUUUUGCCACGGCCGGAAAUUUUCCAGAGGGGGUGCUCUGUUUCUCACUCUAGAUUACUAAAUAGUCAAUUGGUUUUUCCUUCACCCCUGUUAUCAUCUAUCCUCUCUGGUGCUUUAUGCAUAUCUUUCCAUCCGCAAGUAAACAUAAAGGUGGGGAAGUAGUUGCAUCCACUAAAUAGUAUGAAGCUGAUGCAACAUUGUAGGGGUGUUUUUUUUUUUAUUCGAAAUUGAUGCAGUGGGCAGUCUUUCCUUUGUUGUGCCCCAAUUAUAGGUUUUUGUAUAUUCAUGAAAGAGGAGGUUUGGCUUAUUCCGUGCUAUUUUUCAAUUGGAGAGGGCUUAUUAUUUGUUUAUAUGACAAAUGGCUAUGAUGCUUAGGUUACUCUUGAUCAUCUAAUUCAGUCUCCACCGGAUCCUUUUGCUUUC